GUUUUCCUGAGGCCCAGUGUGCGUGUGUGUGUGCUCGUGCCGAUGCUGUCCGUGAGACCAAGUUUCGCGAGCUGAAAGAAGCCAGGCCCCCCAAAAACGAACGUCCAACUGGACAUCGUUAUGUGAAAUCACCAUGGUAUGUGAGCCAAGCCGAUGGGGAACGCGCUGUGCUGCUGCCUCGGCCAGGACGCGUCCACAGGCGACCACCCGCUAAAGUUUCUCGAUCCGGCGUGCUCAAAGGGCGGAGCCACGGGUGUUACCAACAGCCAGGCUGCUGCCACCGCCACGGGUCCCGCCUACGGGGCGGGUGCCUCCACCACACCCACUGGCGGUGGCGGUGUCCUGGCUUCCACGGUUGCCAGCACUCCAGCAACUACACCGACCGGCAUUGCCGGUCUCCUCGCCAACUCGGCCGCGGCCACCUCGGAGUCCAACGUGUCCGCCUCGACAGCUCCGGCAGCACCACGGACCAGCAUUGGCGAGCGGUUUAUGUUCUACCCCCGCCUCCAGCGGGAUGCGGGACGUCGGGGCACGUUCGAGCCGCGGCACUCGGAGGCACGCGCUGCCGCGCUCUUCGAGAAGUACCGGGACCCUGAAGAGGACGCCGUGCUUGCCGAGGGCAUCGUGCGCCUCUGCGAUGACCUCGGCGUGAGGCCCGAGGAGUUCCGCGUUCUCCUCCUUGCGUGGAAGUUUGGUGCCCAGCAGAUGUGCCGGUUCACAAGGGACGAGUUCCUCGGUGGCUGCCGCGCCCUCCGUGCCGACUCGGUGUCAGCCAUCCAGGUGCGGUUUCCAGAACUCCUGGCCGAGGCUCGGGAACCAGCCCGGUUCCGCGACCUCUACCGCUUCACAUUCCGUUUCGGACUCGAGUCCGGCCAGCGCACGCUGCCGACGGACAUGGCGGCACAGCUGUGGCGCCUCGUGUUCUCCCAGGAGCCGCCGGCGGUGCUUGAGCGCUGGCUGGCAUUCCUCGAGAGCCACCCCGAGGUGCGCGGCAUCACGAGCGACACGUGGAACAUGUUUUUGCACUUUGCCGAGACGGCGGGCCGCGACCUCAGCACGUACGACGACUCUGAGGCGUGGCCCAGCCUGUUUGAUGACUUUGUGGAGUACGAGAAUGACCAGACAAACCAGAAUGUGCUCCACCAGGUGAACAAAGGCGGCAGUGAUGUGAAGGCCGAGUGACGGUGCAUCGCCAAAGGGUUGUGACUAUUCAGAAACAUCGAGCCGAGGUUCCGAGCGAAGACACAUGCUCCACAGCCGCCCAGAACACGGUCCUGACGGCUGACAUCCUGCAGCACGUGGUCUGCGAGCCCGGUCUUACGAAAGGGGCCCCACUGCCGGGAGCUUGCGAAAGAAUCUACACUCUCUUGUCUUGAGCUUUGUAGCGCAAGCGCGAUCGCAUUCGUAGGCUGCACGUUUUGCUGCCAGUUUGAGGGAAGACUGCUAAAGAUCGUGUAGGCAAGUUCGCAGUAUUGAGGUGCCGGUGUUGUUUCUAAUGCUUUGUUUUCUGUCGAUGACGUAGCCGCGCGUGAGGAAAGAGAAAGCUUUCCUCAAAUUGACCAAUCGGAGUUGUGGGAUGAAACUGUGUUCUCUUUGUUCGAGUUCGGUCGGAUGUAAAAGCGGCGGGUCGCGUUACCUUGUUUGCCAGUGAAGUGCAGACUGUGUAACGGAUGCACAGACUUUGCCGCACCUUCUGCACCAGCCUUUCAAUCACUACACGAUGUCGAAACGAGGCAAGCGCAGUGUAUGCCUUAAGAGCACAGAGAACUAGUCAACAAGCCUGUGGCUCUCUGGAAGGUGUGGCAUCUUGCGGUGGUGUUAUAUAUUACAAGGGGAACAGUACGUGGUUGUAUGCUGCCAGCAAAAAAAAAAAAAAAACAGAUACAGAAAAACACACCAGUCUGCUAUUUUUUAUAGUGUGUAGUAUUGUGACUUAAAGUUCUGCAGUGGCUCUUAAAAAUGUAGCACUCUUGUUGCACACUUUCCCUUGCCAGCCAUGUUUCAUACUGAUGUCACAGAGGCACUUUUGAUAGCGAUCUGGGCUGAUUCGGAUUAGGCUAAUCCGAAUCACGUGCUGCUACACUGUCACUCUUAAUCACAAUCGGGAUCGAGACGAUUGCAAUCUACGCGCCACAAGGUUUGGCUCCCCGAUCACAGUGUGACUUAACGUUUACACCGAGCUCGUUCCAGAUAAGUUUUGACCGUUUAGCAGCGACCAUUGUUGCUCGUGAUCAAGAACUCAGAUUCUGAUCGGCCUUGAUCACGAUCAAAGAGGCCUGUGUGACGCCGGUACUAAGCUGCAUUUGCACUGCGACAGUGAUUGUGGACGAAUGAACCACAUGACUCAUGUCGUAGAUCGAAUAACUUUGUAACUUGCGUUCGUCCAACUAAGGAAUUGUGAAACUAAGUCUCCUUCAUUUCCUGAAACAAGGGAGAUGGCAUAAACUUUGCAAAACUUUCGCGAGUAGCUGUCCACCUCGGAGCAUGUGCGACCGAUGCCACCUUGUUCAGUGCGUGACCUAAAGACUGUUGUUGUUUUCAGACGAACAUGUUUGCUGCAGUGUUUCUAGCCUGAAGCAGUGAUUUAUUUUGCUGUAUCGGUGAAUCACUUCAUGCAAACCAGGGGAGUAAUCACCUACGAUGAUAGCGACAUGUACGAUCUCGUGAUGCGUACAAUCGGCAAGCUGAGGUCGGAAUUUCAUUCUGCGUCUCCAUCCGCUUUCGCAUUCAACAUUUUCCUCAAGAUACCAGUGCACAGCACUCAUGAACUGUACAUUUCUUGAUCUGAUGGUGCCUUGUUGAAGGCUGUGUUCUCUGGUGCAGGGUUUCAUAGGCAGUCACUGAAUAUCCUUUUAAAAAUCAACCCGACUUUUUUUUUUUUUUUUAAGGGCCUCAAAGCCAUUUAGUUUCGAGAAAUGUUCAUUAAGAUUCUGGAAUUUUGUUUUCUGGCCAGCCUCGGCAGAUUUUGUUUGUACGUCUGGCCACAAGUUUGGCACGAUCCCGACACCAAAACAAACCAGUCCCAAUUCUCUGAAUUAGAGUUACUGUAGUUCACUGAAUAACCCUAUCUCGCCUAUGUUUUCCCUUUAUGUUCAGUGAGGAAAGAAGUUCGCUUAUUGAAGGCAGUGCCUUUUCGUCUUGCCGAGCCUUAAUUUCAUUUUUCUUUUGUUCUGAAAUAGGUUCUGUGAAAGCCUUGCAAGUUCAUAAAAAGCCUACAAUUUCAUCUGCAAAAGCCUCCCAUGAACCCUGCUAGUGGGCAGCUGCUUUUCCCCUGCCAAGAUACUUGCUACGGCCUGGUAAGGAGAGCUGCCAAUGUCAUAGACAGUUACACAACUCAUGAAGGCAAGAGGGGCUUCCCCAGAUGACCAACCACAGCAGCCGAUUGCCUCGGUGGCUAAAAAAAUAGUCCUGCUCAUGUACUUGGCCACAUUCAGCAGGAUCACCGGCUGUUCGGCCCGUGACACUAGUGUGGAGUGCACGCCUAUUGAUGCAGGCUUCUGUGCACUCACGGAAUUUCGUUUUCUGGCCAGAUGUGACAGAUUUCAUUUGCACAUCUGGCCACACGUUUGGUGCAGCCUUAAAGCCAAGUCAAACCAGUCCCAGUUCGGUGGAAACAUUGCUGCCUUCUAAAGUUGUACCCGACUACAGAGCUGUCUGUAAAGGUCUUUUGAGUAGCUGUAGGUCGUGCACUAAUAACACUUGGCAUCUCUGCUAUGCAUCUCUCUCUAAUUUCUUUGUACAAAUAUGAAGGAAAUCUGCAUUGGAGUAUACAUGUUCAUGUCUUCCUCGUUGAAGGUUGUAAGUCAAUUUGAUGCCGGCUUAUAAAGCACUUUUUCCAAGUCCGCUGGUGGCCAUCAUCAGCGGACGCGUGUGCUAUCGUAUGUGACAACGAACAACACAAGGAUCUCGACAGUUGACGAAAUGCUUGUGAUGCACUUCCGGACACUAGGAAUUGCAAAUCAGUUAUGAGGAAUUCCACAAGGUGGCAGUUCGAUAUUUACAUGUGCUGGGUCUGGAAGCUCUCAAGUGUGUGGUUGACUCGUGUCGUUUUAAACCCUACAAGACUGGGGAUUUUCGUUUUAGUUAUUGGGAAGUUGAAUUAUCCAUAGUUGAUGAGCAUACAGCCUAAAAUGCAACUGAAGUUAGUUCGGUAAAUGUACAUUGCUAGCUUCACGAUAUGUGUUCGACCAGGCUUGUGAAAGCGAAUUUGACCUAGCUGCAAUCGCUUGGUCAAAUGUGCCUUCGCAAGCCUGGUUAGCGAUGUCACCUUGAUUGAACCUUUAUUGCUCUCUCGAAUCAAGUGCCAUCUUUGGAAUGCACUGAGAACAUAGCAGACCUCUCAAGAUCUUGCGUUUGACAUUUUGACCACACAAAAAAGAUGAGGACAGAGGGAGGUACGACGACACGGGCGGUCAAAAUGUCAAACAGUAAGCACCAACUAGGCCAAACGCAAGUUCUCCUCAAGCUCUUGCGAUUUGCUCGAAUUGCCCGACCUUCUAACGUCUCAAGUUGGAUUGCCAAGAGACUACCGCGGCUUGGCAGUAGUUGUUGAAGUGUGGCGCAGGACAUUUUUGUUAUGGCCUUUUAGUUAUCGGCAUUCUUCUGUGUUGGCUAUUUGUUGCUCUUUGAAUUGGGUGGUAAAAUCCAUGCAGAUGACAGCAGAAAACUUAGAUGUAUGACUCAGUUGUGUGUUGUCACCAGGAACUCAUAUUUUCUUUCAACUGGUGAAAAGCAAAUAGCAGAGUUUCUGUAACUUAGAAACUGUGUGUCGGUACUCUUUUAAACCUUCGAGCUUACUGAUUUCUUUGUCUUAAAGGGUCCCUAAACGACUCUGAGUUCAAAGAUGAGGGAGUGGCUUCUUUCUCGCCUUCACUAUCCUUCGUACAGGCGCCAUCUCCUCCUCGCCACUCAUUUCUUCAUAAAACACGUAGAAAAUGUCAGCUCUAAGCAUUGAGCCUAUCAGGAUUUCGCGUUUUUCGGUUACAGGCUGUCAUCUCUGCUUGCGCAGUCGAAAACGCACAGAACGAAGGGAAAUCACUUGAUCGUGCACGAUAGUCAUGCGAGACAAGGCAGAAUGGCCAUACGACUGCAUGGCAAAGCAGGGUAGAAGACAAUUCACAACUAAUACCCCUUGUAUACGGACCAAUCGAGAGCUUAUUUCCUCAUGAUGCCACGUGAACAGAUUGCCGGUGUCGCGAAUUGGACCGAUAAGACGGGAAACACUAAUAGAGAAUAAUGCGCUCGUUCGUUGUAUUUUCAGAGGUUGUUUGGGGGCCCUUUAAGUUCACACUUCAUAAAGCUCAUUGCCAGUUGUCUUUUACUUGUCUCUAAAUUGGCACGGUAGGGUUGCCUCAGCGCUUUAGUUCAUUGACUCUGUGUUACCUUUAUGGUAACACAGAGUCGUUUAUCGUUUUCUACGUUUCACCACUCACGUCUCACCAUUUUUCUCCUUUUUCUUUUUGCUUGCCUAACUUUUCGCCACAGCUGUUUACGAGGGUGCCUUUAGCGUCAAUGUUCAGCCUUAGACACCAGUCCAUUUUUAAAGCCAUUUUCGUUGGGCUCUAGUCCUUAUGAAGGAAACCUUCGCUUCUGGGCGAAACCAUUUUAGGUGCCGUUUACAUUUCCCUUAACCCUUUACCCUCUGAAGCAGGGAUGUGAAACGCAAAUUUUAAUUACCUAUACUUUUUUCAGCUCUCUUUGUAAUCGGAAAAUUAAACGCAAGAAAUUUGUUUAAAAUGAAUAUUUUUUUAGCGGAGAACAUUGGGGGGGUUUCUCUGCACAGCUUGCAGUGAGUUUUUUUUCUUGUGGUAUUGUAUUGGUAAAUCGCAUCGAGUUAAUCUGCGCCAUUAGCUCGUGAAAUGAGGGCAUCUUCGACAAAUUGUGCCAGUGCACACAGUACACUUGGACAACUCUGGUACACUUGGACAAAUCGUACCGUGGUGCCGCGUUUCACCUAAUCAUUGCUGCGCCUGGGUUCACUGGUGUGGUUUGGGUUUGUCGAAGACCCCCAAAAAACUAGACGCAUAGAGUCCACCAGAUAGCCUUUAGUAUGUGAAAUCGAGACAGUUUGCUGUGGAUGACCACCACUAGUCCACUGUAUUGAAUGCACCAAGCUUGUCUUAACGAGUGUAAGGGUUAAUGAAGUAACUUGAUAAAUACUGAUGUGACCUGCACAAAUUGUUGUAACAUUUUAAUACAGUUUAAGCAAAUGACGUGCUUUUUUUUUCAAACAUAGGUAAACAAAGCUUGCUGAACAGAACACUCUUCUUGCCAAGAAAAGGUGCUGGAGGGUUUUACCCGCCUGUGUUCAAGAACUAUGACAGGAGAACAUUAGUUGUGAUGUAUAUUUAUUGAAACGAAUGCACAGCCACUUUAGGAGCUUCAUCUUGUGACAAAACUACGAAACAAGGCAGUGAUUGUUUUUGCUUUGUGAUAAACAUUUUUUACGCUGUAGUUGCAGCUACAUGACUUUGAGUAGGAGUUACUAGCAGUUCUACUGCGCUCAUUUAUUGCGACGGCAUACACUUUUGUAGCAGCUGGGUUUCAACAUGAGAGUGUUUCUGAAACAAAACACAAAUUUGGGAUUCUGCCCAGGCAGUCCACUCACGUUUGGUUUCCAAAUUAAGCCAGCGCGUUGUUUCUCGACUAUUCAGUUGCAACAUGGCAGUCAGUCAUAGUUGUAGACUUUGACCUACGGUGUUCACAUGCUGCUGGUGAUAGUGUUUUCACCAGAAAUAUUGCUCGCUACCCUUAAUUGAGACGUCGUGCCUGUAAAAUAGAGAAAGAAAAAAAUAUUCAGCCUUCGUGUUUACUCGCAGAGUGUUUGGUACUUGCACGACUUGUCUAUUAGAACUGUGGAAACGUGGGUAGGUGACGAGUAGACGUUAUAGACAUAGAAACGAAGGAAUGCAUCGCACAACGAUUUAUUUAGGAGCUAUCACGAGUUGUUGCCGAUCGUCAAUGGUUGUUCAAUUAUGCCGACAUAAGGUGGUUCAAAGCCUGUCAGGCCAACAUGGUCUGGGAGGGCUCAGCACAGUUUGCGAACCGCUGGCCAUUCGGCAUCACCUAUUAUGUCAAUGCGCGGAACUUACAUUCCCGACGAAGCUUGUGUAGGUCGCAUAGGACUUUGCGCAUGUGUUGAGUGCAGGCACGUUGUGGUGGGCAGCAAGUUUAAUAAAAGCCGAUCUUGUGUUCGAGUGAGAGUGUGGAGCCUUGCUUUGUAGUGUGUUGGUGCAGUGCGGGUGCUUUGUGCGUGAAUGGUUGUGCCUAUCAUCAUCAUUCAUGGGAAAGCUUGGGAUGUGUGAGCCGUCGCCAUCUCGUUUGUAUUUUCUAGGCAAUGCUUUAUUUUAUGCUUGUCAAUCCCUGUGGUUUACUAAGAGUUCUUCUCAACGAAGCAUUGUCCAACUAUUGUAUCUAGCAUGGAACGCAACACAUUGCCGUCUUGAGUUCUUGUAUAUUGUCCUGAAGUCAUUUGUGACAUCCGUGCUUGACAUUGUGAACGUUACCUUUUUUUUUUGUUCUCUCAGUGUUUGGGAAUCACAUCUUGGCAUUUGUGUGAGGAAACUGCGACACCAGCUGUAUAUGCUUGAAUCCUUCUGUUCUCAAUGUAUGUGUGUGUCUGCUCUCUGGAAGAGUGUUGCGUUUGCUAUCGCUGUUGAAAUCUCUGAAGAAUGUGUGGCUAUUUACAAGGAAUGUGUGAGUGUAUGUGCGUGUGAGCUAUCAAUAAACUUAUUUUCUACGAAAA